AUAAAAAUGAAAACAGGUUUUGACUUCAAUUUCAAAAGAUAGAAGAAGAAGAAUAAGAAGAGAAAGAUAAUGCUACAGUCCUCUGAACUACAGCUUUUCCAGACCUUUAAUGGCCUCCAACACAUUGCUAAAACCCAUCGGUUCAAGGCAUGGUUUUUAGAUCAAUUUGGAGUACUUCAUGAUGGAAAACAACCUUAUCCUGGUGCAAUUUCAACAUUGCAAAAGCUAGCUACUACCGGUGCCAAAAUGGUGAUUAUAAGUAAUUCUUCGCGGCGUGCAUCUACAACAAUGGAGAAAAUGAAGAGUCUUGGAUUUGAUACUUCUUUAUUUCUCGGAGCCAUUACCAGUGGAGAAUUAACACAUCAAUAUUUGCAGAGGAGAGAUGAUGGUUGGUUUGCAGCAUUAGGAAAAUCUUGCAUUCACAUGACUUGGAAGGGCAGAGGUGCCAUAUCUCUUGAGGGCUUAGGCUUACAAGUUGUUGACAAGGUUGAAGAAGCUGAGUUUGUUUUGGCUCAUGGCACUGAAGCAUUGGGGCUGUCUUCUGGUGCUUCUUGCCCUAUGACUCUUGAGGAGCUUGAGAAAGUAUUGGAGCGCUGUGCUGCUAAACAAAUUCCUAUGGUAGUAGCCAAUCCAGACUUUGUAACUGUUGAAGCUAGAGACUUGCGAGUCAUGCCUGGUACAUUGGCUGCCAAGUAUGAGAAGCUUGGUGGUGAAGUGAAAUGGAUGGGCAAGCCAGAUAAGAUAAUCUAUAAAUCUGCUAUGGAAUUGGCUGGUGUUGAUGCUUUUGAUUCUAUAGCUGUGGGUGAUUCUCUUCACCAUGAUAUCAAAGGUGCAAAUGCUGUUGGGAUCUGGUCAGCAUUUAUAACCGGUGGGAUUCAUGCAACUGAACUUGGAGUCAAUAGUUUUGGAGAAGAAGCAGCUUUAUCUUCUGUGCAGGCCCUUGCAUCCAAAUAUGAUGCAUACCCAUCAUUUGUUUUACCAUCAUUUACAUGGUAGAAACUCAUGCCGCUCUCUGCACUCCUUGCUUGCUCUUCAUUUUGGAUAUUCAUGAGUAGUUUUCGUGGGGAUCUGGGUAGAUUGGCUUAUGUUGAAGCAAACAUCUUUUACUUUGUUUCAGAUUCUAAUGCCUUGUCCACAUGCUCUAGAUUAGGUUUUUUUUAUGUUCAAUAUGUAUCAUGAAUCGAAAUUACGGCUUUGAAUUGCUUAUUUAACUGUUUUCAAACAAGCACAUAAAGAUUCAAUCACAUUGCAUAAUAAAUUACACAAACCAUAUUCAUAUC